AUCUACGACAUGUCUACCACUUCAUGUUUGCAGAAAGUUCAUUUAAGUUUCAUACAUUGUGCUGAACAGGCAACCCUGCCACACAUAAAAUGGACCUAAACUCGCGCUUUUGCCGUACUUCACAAGUAAACGGGAUUCGGGGAAACAACAUUUGCACUCUACAGUUCCGCGUUGUGAUUAUUAUGCAGUCAUUUUACAGCCAAUAUGAUAUCGACUGACUAACUGGAUCAACUGAACGCAUGUUUUUCUAUUUGAAAAACUAGCUGUCAUAAAGAAGAAAGUACUACGAUACCGUAUAGCUCAGCUGAAGUGAUGACCAGGUUGUGAGUUAGUGAUGGAGAACAUUGAGGAGACGCCAUUUCGGAUCACCCACUCCGCACUACGGGGAGAUCCUGAAAAUGUUCCUGAUGCUAAUGGUCUGGGUAGCGGGGACAGAUUCUCGAGUGAGCCGGAGAAGCUUUGGUUCAAAGAAAGCAGCGCUAAAAAUCUCCGAAACAGGGACUUCUUGUCACCCACCACGGUGCUGAAUACGCUUUAUGCAGACGGACAGGUUCCCCCAGCGGUGAUGGUUAGAGUGCAGUCCCUGAGACGGACAGGGGUUCUCCCUGUGGCUGGAGGGGAACUCAUAGGAGAGGGGCUGAGGGUGUGGGUCGACCGGACUGCUGCGUUUCAGAAGGUCCUGAGUGACGUGUCGGUGUACCUGAAGCCUCCUUGCCAGAGACAGGGGUGUGUGGUGCUCAACUGCCCCACCCUGCACCCCAAACCAAAUUUACCCUCCCCUGACACCCUCACGCUGGGGCAACUACGCACUGUGCUGCUGACUGACCACUUAGGGGCACUACUGAGGAGACAGGGGUUUAUUGUGUCCUGCUGCCCUGUGCUGCCAGAGGAAAGUGACAUCAUUGUCUUCCUCCGAUUGCUUGGCAUCGAUUGGCCCACAGUGCCCAUCAGCUGGACCAAUGACGAGAGGGAGGAGAACAUUUUGGAGGCUUUACAGAAUUCCCCGUACAGAGAAAGAGAGGAGACAGAUGGAGGAAGAAGAGAGAGUAAAGGAAAGAAUACAGAUGGAGAUAAAGAGGAGAUGCUCAGGGUGAACUUGAAGAGGGUGUUUCAGGAGGAGCAGCUGCCAGGGUAUGACCCCAGCCUGGGCAGCUGUACAGGUGUCCACGGCAACCGCAGUACAUGUCACUUCCUGUCAGGAUGAGUUCCGUCAGCAGCAGAUAGCAAUGCUGUGGAGAGCAAGUGGUGCAACAGUGACACAGGUUUGUUUGACGCAACAACGCAUUAACUACCACAUGAUGACAAACUGUACCUCCCCAGACUAACCAGUAGAGGUGCACCAAUUUUUGUAAAUGAAAAAGAGAUUGGUUUGUUGCUCCAACUUUACUUUAUCCAAAAUCAGUUUAUAAACCUAUCCUUGCUGCAACCACAUAUGAUCAGUGUUGGGAUUUGUUACUUGUAAAAUAUGACGUAUUGCUCGUAACUUUCAAUCAAAAUAAUGUGUUAUAUUACAAUACUACUUUCUGUGCAAGGUAAUGUGUUAUGUUACUCCUUAUAUUACAAAAACCAUCAAAUCCCACUUGCCAACAAGGUAUGUUGGUCACCGAUUUAAUAAUGCAGAGGAUACAAUACUAAUGAUAGGACCGACAUCAAAGCAUUUGAAUUAUUUAACACUAGAAUAGCUGUGAUGAAUACCAAUCAGUGUAGAUUAAGGGAGGAGCUGGGUAAAGAAUGAUUUUUAAGCCUUGAGAUAAUUGAGACAUGGAUUGUCUAUGUGUGCCAUUCAGAGGGUGAAUGGGCAAGUCAAAAGACUUUAGUGAACGGGGUAGUAGGUGCCAGGUGCACCCGUUUGUACCAAGAAUUUCAACGCUGCUGGGUUUCACGCUCAACGAUUUCCCGUGAUAUUAAGACUGGUCCACCACCCUAAGGUGGUGCUUUCGACACCUUGUUGAGUCCAUGCCCCGGAAAAUUGAUCCUCUUCUGAGGAUAAAAGCGGGGGUGCAACUGAAUAUUAGGAAGGUGUUCUUAAUGUUUUGUACACUCAGUAUUUGGUGUAUAUAGUAAGAAUAUAACGGAAUACAAUCGACAAACAUACUUUUGUCUUGCGAAUGCUCACUUGAGAAAUGGAUGGACUUGCGAUUAUCCCAAGAAUAAGUGAUAUUUUGAAAGAGCAUUUAGUUUUUUGUUGUUUAGCAAAUGUAAGGGUUUUGAAAAGCUCAGUAUCUGGUCUUUGUAAUCAUAUAUAGAAAUCAAAAUGUCUUACUUGCAUGUGACUGUGGAAGGAUUCUCAAAGUCGCUUUUUGGUAAAAAUACAAAAUAAGAGUGUUUUCCCUGCCUCUGUCAAUUCCAUGCUGGGCUGUUCAUCAGUCUCUUCAUUCACAAUUUAUACAAAUAUUGUCAGACAGAACAAGGCCACCUCUUAAUUUGGAGAUUGAAUCAUUCUAAGAAAAAUGAAAAUAAAGUGUGAUCAGGCCUCACUGUGACAACAGCUUGUGUCCUUUUAAAACACCAAGACUUGUGACAGAUUUUUUUCCCAAACCUUUCCGAGAGAGCUUGGACCAGAGGUGUGGACUCAAGUCACAUGACUUGGACUGGAGUCUGACUCGAGUUUACUUUUUUUUAAACUUGAGACUUGAUUUGGAGCCUAAAACUCGGGACUUUGACUUGAGACGGAUGACUUGAAAUUAUUUGGCCAGGUUUUUUAACGUUUAGUCACUCAUUUUGUGGCACAGAAUCUACAUGGAUUAUUCUCCAUGCAGCCAGAGACGAUGGCUGCGUUUCAAACACAUAAAACACACCCUCCUCCUCUUACCCUCACCUUAUGCCCUUGGGGGAAUCCCCAGGGCCAUCUUUGCCAACGGUCCAAACGAUUAGCCAAGUAAAGGAAGUUGGCAACCUAAGCCCCUCAGCCCUCGUUUGUGAGUUUACAAUCCUGUUCACUCCGGGGCCUGUAACGCCCCAUAAUUCAAUUUGCGAUGAUUGUACAUUCGCUAUGAAAAGUCAGCCAAAAUGUAAAACCAACAUCAAUAUGGAGAAGUCGACAUACAAGUAUAAGUAAAUUAGAAACUGUGCCAAUAAUGCACAUGACAGCACAAACGCGUAUCGUGAAAGUAAUUAUGUUUUUGUUUGGUUAGCUUUUGGAAACAUUAGCUAGUGAAUACAACUUUCCCUGACAUCACUUUUCUAUUCUACAUUGUCAUUUUCGAUUUACCUGAUAUCGUCAAGAUGGUUAGCAUUCGAUGUCUGCGAAUGCGUCGUCUUCUAGCCAAUAUAUGAAAUGCAAUCAUAAUUGACUCUAACACAUAUAAAGCGCACACAGCUACCGGUGGUUCCAUGAUUACUGAAAGCACAACCGUGGGACAGACGAGUGACACAUUUCCGGGCAAGGGCGGUCCAUUUUAAAAUGCAUUCGUUAUUCUCGGGCCCUGCAGGUGUCAAUUCAUCAUAAGUCAUGAUAUUCACUUAAUUUGAGGGCUGAUGGGAGAGGGUGUGUAUUUUACAUGUUUGGAAUGCAGCCAGUAUUGCACUUGCAAAAAUACUGAUUGGCUAGUGAAAUACUCUCAGACCUCUGAUUGGACCAGCAAAUUGUCAAUCACCACAGGUCGGGUGAGCUAGCGCAGUGAGGUUUUGGGGGGUUGGCAGUGUGAAACUGAAUGGGGAAAAAAAAUCAAUUUUUCUACAUAUUUUAAUAGGCUACAUAUAGCCAACCAUUUGUAUUAUACCUUUUGCUUAUUCAAUCUGGUCACUAACCUAGGCCUACGUUAUUGCACCAAAAUUAUUGUUUCAAAAAAUCUAAUUUGUGCUUCAGAACAGAAAAGUUGCAUGUCUUGAUUUGACUUAAUAUUGUCCAUAUAAAUUAGGGUGAAUUCAGAAAGAGUGGGACAUUAUACAAACUGAGACAGCUUAAUCCUGAGACGUUUAUUUCUUGAUCUGACAAGAGAAAAUCUAAACGGUGGUUACUAAGCCCUUGCAGAGAAGCCACAUAAAAAUCGCAUCACUUCAUUAGUGUGACAGAGGGGGCAGAGCAAGCUUCAAACAGCAAGUUGAAUCUUGGUUUCCCUGCGUAGCACACAGUAAGGAUCAGUGACAGCUUUCUUCUGUUUUGAUGUUAGGGUUAUAAUGCACUGUGCCAAAUUGUGAUGUAAAUGUACAUACUGGUGCAUCAAAAUACAAAAAGUUGCCAAUAUGUUUCAA